AUAUCCUCAAGAGGCUUGAAAGUGAAAAGUGCAAAAGGUGAACAGCUGAUAAUUCUGUGCCAUAAACAUCAUUAACAAAAAGCAUUUAAGGAAAGAGGUGUUCAUGUUAAGAAAAUUCAGAAAGAUAAGCUACUCAGAAGGGUAGCUGUGUGAUGAAGAGUAUUAGACACUAAUCAGAAGAUCAUCUAUAAGUCAUGUGCUGGUAAUGUUCAUACUACUAUCUUGUAGAUCCUCAAUAAUUCUUGUAUGGACUAUAAUAAAUGGAAUGCAAGAGGAAUAUAUCAGAAUUUCUUCUCAUGGGGUUGUCUUCCAAGCAGAACAUUGAAAUGUUUUGCUUCAUGUUCUUCUUAUUCUGCUACUUUGCCAUCUUGUCUUGGAAUCUGCUGAUCCUUUUCUCUAUUAGAUGCAGUUCUCUGUUCAACCAACCUAUGUACUAUUUCCUCAGUCAUUUAUCUUCUAUGGACAUUUGCUAUACUUCCUGUGUGACACCCAAAUUAAUUGGGGAUCUGCUUGUAGGAAGAAAAACCAUCUCCUAUACAAACUGCAUGGUACAGGUCUUUUUCAUGCACUUCUUUGGAAUGAUUGAAAUUUUAAUCCUGACAGCCAUGGCCUUUGACCGCUGUGUGGCCAUCUGCAGACCCCUUCACUACAUGGUCAUCAUGAGCAGAACCAGGUGCCAUGUCCUUAUCUGGGCUUCCUGGGUUGGUGGGGUUGCUCACUCCUUUCCCCAGGUUAUGAUGCUAAUCUGUUUGCCCUUCUGUGGCCCAAAUGAAAUAGACCACUACUACUGUGACAUUUUCCCUUUGCUGAAAGUUGCUUGCACUGAUACCUACAUCACAGGUAUCCUCAUGGUUGCCAAUUCAGGAAGUGUUGCCUUUGUAAUCUUUGUUAUUUUGUUUGGCUCAUAUGUGGUUAUACUCUUCACAUUAAGGAAUUACUCAGCAGAGGGAAGACGCAAAGCUCUUUCUACCUGUGGAUCCCAUAUCUCUGUGGUUAUUCUAUUCUUUGGGUCUUCUAUCUUUGCUUACCUGAGACCUCCUACUACUUUCCCUGAGGACAAAAUAUUUGCCCUGUUUUAUACUAUUAUUGCUCCUAUGUUCAACCCCCUCAUAUAUACUCUAAGAAAUACAGAGAUGAAGAUGGCUAUAAAGAAAGUUUGGUGUCAGACAACAUUUUUAGGGGAAAAUCACAGUUAA